AUGCCUCCAUCUCAGUGGGACCAGAAGGCUGACCGAGACUUGCUCCUUGCUAUCAUUGACGAGGGUGCGCUGAAGGGUAUCGUCUGGCCAAAGAUUGCUCUUGCUCUGCAAGCCAAGGGCUACACUUUCACUCAUGAAGCUUGCCGCCAACAUUUCCAAAAGAUCCGCAAGCAAUCCUCCGCCACCAACAACGCCAACGGUAACGGUACCUCGAACUCAACCCCCACCGCAUCCCCUAAGAAGAAGGCCACUCCCCGCAAGACCCCCAAGGCCGCCGCCAACUACGGUGCCACCAUGAACGACGACGAUGACGACGAGGACCUCCCACCACCACCUUCCGCCAAGCGCAAGCGUGUCGUCAAGAAGGAGGAGAAUGGUGUUGGUGGUGGUGUCGAUGAAAAUGAGCGAGGAAGCUACCAGUUCAAGAUUGAGCAGUUGGGUGGUGCCGAGCAUGCUCAUGUCGUUGAUCUGGAGCAUGAUGACUUGUAUGACGAUGAGGCCUGA